ACUCCUGGACGGGUCUGUAGCUAUGUGCUGAGGUUGUAGUUAUGUGGUCGGCUAUACUCGCAGUGUUGGUCUUCGGGAGUUCAGCCGUCUCCGCCCAGGAUACGCUGCGGAACUUCACUUCUUACUUCGCAGAUUGCAAGAGAGGCGAAGAUGGGUUCGAUGAUUGUAUCAAGAAAGCCCUCAACGACGUCAGACCAUUUUUCAGCACAGGGGUGCCAGAGCUCAAUAUAUCCCCGUUCGAUCCGUUCUUUGCCAAAGAGGUGAUCCAGAAGCGAGGAGUGUUUGCUCUCAACUAUCGUCUCGUUCUGCGGAAUGUGCAGGAGAGAGGAUGGACGCAGUCUGAAGUCACCAGCUUCAGGAGUGACCCAGUGCUCAACCUAGUUCAGUACACUCAGUUUUUCCCUGAGAAGUCCUUGGAGGGAGAAUACGAGACUAGCAGCCAAGUCCUGAUCACUCCACCAGACAACAGAGGAGUAUGGAACCUCACAUUGUACAAUCUGGUGCAGACGACAACCAUCAGCAGGCCCCAGGGAGCUGACAAGCUGAAGGUGCGAGUGGACGUCCAGAGGAUCGGGAACCUCGACCUCCACAUCAGCAAUCUACUGCGCGGGCGACGAAUCAUGGAGAAUGUGCUGGACCGCAUCAUCAAUGCCACAUGGAGAGCUGGCUUCCCAGUACUGAGACCUCUUAUCAAUGAUCUUGUCUCUACGGCUUUCACCGAGAUAUUCAACACCGCAUUUAACGAAUUAGACUUUGAUAAAAUUUUGCCAUCUUGA